GCCAGUGCCCGCCGCCGCGCGAGAUCCCAGCUGGCGGCCGCUGAGCGAGAUCCGAGCUGAAGACGCCAAGGAGCCGGCAGGCGGUGUGGCUACACUGUAGGACUGCAUCGGGGCGGCUGUAUCAUCAUCACUCACAUUUAUCUACAUGUCUAUAUGUAUAUAGAUAUACAUAUGAAGUGGAAAGUGGAAAGCUAGCUCUGUGACAGAAAAAGGCUUGCCUGUGAGGAGGAGGAGCCUGAUGGCCUGUGGGGCCAUCUCCACAGCGGCGCUGCAGAAGACGACGCCGCACCUGGACGUGUUCAGCGGAAUGGAGCAGACUAUGCGCGCUGUAAGGCUGCCGUUGCAGGGAACGUGUGAGCAGUGCUGCUUGCAGGCACGUGGGCGAGGGGCAGCAUUGUUUUUCUCACAUCAUGGGCAGCAGAUACAGGACAAAGCCAGGAAGAUGACAGGGGGAAUGGUGCAAAAAAUGCAGUGCGCGCUGACUGAGGUUAUGACGACGAGGAAUGGCAUGGAGUAUACUGUGAAUAAAAGCCGGACAAUCUGUGGUGGUCAGAGGGCCUCCGCCAGGGGAUAUCUACGUGGUCUUUCUUCUGUCUCAGCAAGCCUGCCAUUCCGUGCACAGAACCGGGAAAGAAGAUGGAGCUGCCUCAGCGGCACCGGCAAUGGCGGCAUCAUCCGUCGCAAGGAGGGAUCCCGGAUGCCGCCUCGUGUAGUGACAGAUUUGAGCCCGACGAUAGGUUGCACGAGAAAGCGACAGAUAUGGCGGCACUGUGUCUUAAUGAGACCGGGAAGAAUGGCGGCCGUCACACCGAGAGCAUCGUGGUCUACGCAGGUGGAGUUUAAGGAAGCUCAUCUCGCGAAUGUGGAGGAGGUGGCGACGCAAUUGUGGAAUUUGACAGUGGAUAUCAGCAAGCUGGAUAUCGGAAAUGGCUAUACAAGGGCGGGUCAGUAUCUGCAGAUGAAGGUUGGCGAGAGCAAACCGGCGUUCCUUGCAAUUGCAUCACCACCGUCGUAUGCAGAAAGUGGCGUGCUGGAAUUUCUCGUUAAGGAUGUCGAAGGGGCCACAUCCGAGCUGCUGUGCGACCUGUCUAAAGCUCUCAUAGAGUCUGGAUUCGAUGCGCUCAAGAGAACAGAUGUACGACUAUAUUAUGGUGCGGCGAAUUCAAGCAAGAUGGCCUAUCAGGAUCGGUUCAGGAUCUGGAGAGCUUCAGGGGUGAACAUUGUCCCGGUGUUUUCUGAUCCAGAUGAAAGUUGGGAUGGUGCUGUGGGUUAUGUACAGGACGUGAUUUCGUUGUUGACGGACGAAGGAGUGCAGCGCGACAAAGUCCUAAUGAAUUUCUAGUCGUGCUCGCACAUACGACCGGUACGCUAAUCGGAAAGAAGUGUAUACAGAGCGUCCUCCGUGGUUUGCGGUGUGCAUCGGGGUGCUUGUGCAGAACAGAACCACUACGGAUUCCUUCACGGACCACCUUCACGGAGUAAUAUGCUAUUCGCUGGAUCGUAACCAUGACGGGGAUUCUUUCGUUUGUCGUAUGGCGCUUUAAUCGUCUGGCAUGAAUGAGGAAGUCCUCGGACAACAACGGUUUUUCCUUCCCGAUCUCGCUCUGACGACGAAACGACUGUGUCUGUUCUAAGAAAAAGAAAGAAGUCCAGGAGUGAUUUGAUUACCUGCGCGCGUUAACCUCCUCCAUCCAGUCGGCAAGCGGAAUCAGAAAGGUUCUUUCAGGCAUAAUGCUUUUACUGUUUUGCUACGAAACAUAACGGAGGAUGUCACUCGGUGGCGGCGGCGAAUCUGUCCAUUCUUCUCAGAAAAUGCUCUGCUUGGUCGGUGGCCAACGGAUAUAGCGAGGGCCAUCAAUCAACUCUCACUCUUAUCACGAGUCUUGUGGCAAUUGCCUAAUAAUUUUACUAAAAACGUUUAAACGACCAGUACAACCUCUUGUUGCACAGCCUAUACCGCAGGUAAAAUGAUUGGUGGCGCCAGGCUGCCAGCUAAAACCAAAAAAGAAAACCUGUUUUUUUUUUUUUUGUUUGUUUUUUUUUUUUGGGGGGGGGGGGGGGGGGGGKGGGGGGKGUGUUAGACGCGCAGGGCAUUACUAAGGGAUCGGAAGGGAAAGGGUCAUGCGUCAUACGUUCUCGUGUUUUUUUUUGGAUGCUGCGGUCUGGUGUUUUAGUUCCGCAUCCUAAAACUGAAUUUGAGUUUAUCGAAGGCGCGAGUGAUGUGUACAAAACAGAAAGAAGUUCGAAGAACCUGUUGAACGGAGAAACUUUCGCUGAAGUAUCCUUGUUGUUUUGCUGGUUCAGAAGUAUUUUCAAAUUUACCCCUGACUGAGUGAUGGGCCAUUUCGCUAUUCUCCUCUCUCUGUGCGUCGGAGAGGGCUAUCGAUUAUUGCUUUUGAAGUGUGAACCACAGCCUGAGUUAGGGUCGUGACGGCAAGAUUGCUUUUUUUUUUCUUUUUUUUUUUCCCGUUGGGUAAUAAAAAAGAAAACAAAGGGUGGUGACGGUUAACAUUACAGGCAAGGAGGCUAAGCUCACCAAAGGAGGGAGGGGCGAGUGAUGCAUUUAUAUUUUGCAGACUACUUCGCACGUGCCUCAAUACUGAGUCAAUAGAUUAUUAAUCUGAUUUAUUCAUUUCAUUUCAUUUGAGUAAAAGGUGUUUACUUAA